AAUUUAUCUGAAAUUUGCCUCGGAGCUGUGGGCUGAGCAACCCCUUCCUAACAACUACAAGCUUUUUUCAACUGCAUUUUUUUCUUCUGCUCCUGAUUCACAAUUAUAUAAAUACCGUAGUCAGAAAGGCAAUUGUAAUCUUAACUUUCUUUAUAUAUGUCCUCCAUCAUAAGAAAAAUGGUACAAAAACGUUGAAAACACCAUAAAGCACUAUUUUCAUCAGAAUGGGUCUUUAGGGUAAGUUGAGCUGAAGGGGUCGACAACAUAAAAUGCAGUCUUCUUUUGAAAUAUGCAUACGACAGAUCUGCAAAAUGUUAUAUUACAGUUCAGACAAAAUUUUCUUUUAGUGAAUAUUCAUAAUUUGCAACUUAAAUAUUGUGGAACGAUGUCUAAAAAUGGCAGAAACCCAUUCCUGUUUGUUUCAGUGAAUAAAGUGCAAACAAAGGGUCCUGUUCCUGCCGUUGAACCUCCAAAUGACCUUUAUGUUCCCUUAUAAUUAUAUAUACAUAAUGGAAUUCAUUGUGUCCAAUAUGUGACGAUAUUUAUUCUAAAGCGACUCCAUAAAAAAAAGUAAAAAAAAAACAAAAUGUAACUGUGUUCUAGUUAGAGUGCUGAGCAGUGGUUGAACUCCCUCUAGGAGGAGACAGAGCCAACUGGCAGAUUCCACAGAGAAAGAGGUGGUUAAAGGUGAUGGGGGUGGAGACCUGAGGGAAUUACAGACUCAGUAGAAAACUGUAAAAAAAAAAAGGGGAGGUCAUUAUUACUGAGAGGGAAAGAAGAGGACAGAGAGGAGAAGAAGGAAGACAAAGAUAGUGAAACACCUAAUUGUUGCUUUUGGGACACUUUGGCAAGCCUCUGCAUCUCUUGGACCACUUUUGCGAUCAAUAGGAGUCUGCAUGUGCAAGUAAGCCACAGAUGGACAGGAGCACCUGCUUUGGAUAUAUGCUUGCACACUCCUUUUGCAGUAGUAUAUGAACAGCUUGCAGCCAUCACAGGCAGAGGAUGGGAUUUCUUUACAUCUUCCUGUCACUCGUUUUGCUCACACUCUCUCCUGUGGGAGCCCAGUGGUGGAAUUUGCUCUGGGCGAACCCCAAAACAACCACAGUUUCUCCUGCUGUCCCCUAUGAAUCCAUCACCCCUCCGGAGCUUUCCGGUACCCAGGCUGCAGCAUCAGAGCAGCUGAGAAAUGAGAACAAGGAGGCAGUGAGUGCAGACACUCAGGUGAAAGCUUCAGUGCUAAAUCCUGUUGGGCACAGCUCAGAGACAUUAGUCUCCGGCGACAAAAGUGCGCAGCUCCGGAUGCUACCUGUGGACGAUGUUCCAGGGGGAGGGAGCAAAAGCAGGUCCCACCACAAACCACUGAAAUACUGGAAGCGUGAGCGAGGAUCCCAGGGCCAUCUAGACCUGAUGGAUAUGGUUGGAGUCCCCCUCCCUCCCUCUGUUUCCUUCACCACAGGCCAUGAGGGUUUUCCCGCGUACAACUUCGGACCUGAAGCCAACAUCGGCCGACUGACUCAAACCUUUGUGCCUGGGCCCUUCUACAGAGACUUUGCUAUCAUAGUGACGGUGCGUCCAGACAGCAGUAGAGGAGGUGUGCUGUUUGCGAUCACGGAUGCCAGUCAGAAAGUGGUGGAGCUGGGUUUAGAGCUCACUCCAGUUCAUCGGGGCCACCAGAGUAUCCUGCUGUACUACACUGACAAAAAGGGGUCCUCCCACAGUCACAAAGCUGCUGCAUUUAGUGUCCCAGAUAUGACCGACCAGUGGACACGCUUCACAGUUGCGGUGGAGAACGAUGAGGUGCAUCUCUUCAUGGACUGUGGGGAGGCUGAGAGGAAAACCUUCCACCGGAGUCCAGAAAAACUCACCUUCUCUCACAACUCUGGCAUUUUUGUGGCGAAUGCAGGAAGCACUGGACUUGAAAAGUUUGUGGGUUCUAUUCAGCAGCUGGUGAUAAAAGAUGACCCUCGAGCAGCUGAGGAGCAGUGCGAGGACGAUGAUCCCUAUGCAUCAGGAUAUCCCAGUGGAGACGAUACUUUGGAUGACAGAGAAACAGAGGAAGACUCCAUGAAGAAGGGAGCAGGAGGAAGACUUGAGACGACAAGGGUGGAAAAUAGGAAUCCCGUUCAAGCACCACCAACUGUGACUACCCAUGUGGAUGAGUACUUUGGUCACAUGACUCCAGCAUUAACCAAUGAGGAGGCGCUGACAACAGCUCGAUCUCAGACGAGGGAAGCAGAAGAACGAUCAAGAGAUAGUCAUGUCAGAGUGGGGUUAAAAGGCGAUCGAGGUGAUCCAGGACCACCGGGACCACCUGGCCCCCCAGGGCCUUUGCUUGAGCUCGACAAGAACCAGGUGGAAACACCUGGUCUGCAAGGUCCACCAGGAAUCCCCGGAGCAAGAGGAAGAGAUGGUCAAAAGGGACGCAAAGGUGAUAAAGGAGACAUGGGCCAGAAAGGAUCUCAGGGCUUUCCAGGCCUGGGUGGAGAAGAUGGAGCUAAAGGAGAAAAGGGUGAUCCAGCAGUUGGUUUACCAGGCCCCCCUGGCCCACCAGGGCCCCCGGGACCUCCCAGAUCCCGCAGUGUACCUUUUAGACAAGAUGCGCUGGGUUCUGGAUUUGAAGACCUGGACACAGACAAUGAAUUCAUCAGGGGUCCUCCUGGUCCACCAGGGCCUCCAGGACCUCCUGGUCCCCCUGGACCCCACAAAGGAGCAGAACUGUCCCUUCACCAUGCUGGACCACCUGGUCCACCUGGGAGAAAUGGUCUAAACGGAGAGCCAGGUCCUGCAGGAAGAAAUGGGACUCCAGGUCUACCAGGAGCUGUUGGAGAGAAGGGUGACCGAGGGUUGCCUGGAGUACCUGGACCAAAGGGGGAAUGUGGAUCUGUAGGUGAAAUAGGAAUUCCGGGGCCACAAGGACCAGCUGGUCCUCAAGGAAGGAGGGGUCCUCCAGGCCCACCAGGACCCCCUGGCCCAUCUGGACCUCCGGGAACCAAAUUCUUUGUAGAGGAUAUGGAAGGAUCUGGGAAAAGUGAGACGCUUUUUGGAGCAAGAGACCUUCAGGGUCCUCCAGGCCCACCUGGACCACCGGGAGAGGAUGGAGCCCCAGGAGUUCCAGGACACUCCACCAAAGGUGAACCAGGCAAUCCAGGACCGGAGGGCCGUCAGGGUCCUGCUGGACUGCCAGGCGCCAGAGGAUCCAAGGGAGAGAAAGGAAGUCCAGGCACCAAGGGCGAUCCAGGGGCCGAUGGACUCAGUAUACCAGGGCCUCCGGGGCCUCCCGGACCUCCUGGACCUCCUGUUAGUUUUCAGGAUAUACUGCUAAAUACUACAGAAGCUAUCUUCAACCUCUCAGAGUUUAGAGGACCUCCAGGGCCAAAGGGCCAUGAAGGUCUGCCUGGCAGAGCUGGAUUUCCAGGCCCUCGAGGACCAAAGGGAGACAAAGGUCCUGAUGGUCUUCAGGGUCCUUCAGGUGUCAAGGGAGAAAAAGGAGAACCAGGAGUGACCAUCGCUGCAGAUGGAUCUAUUUUAUCUGCACCCAGAGGCCCUCAGGGGCCAAAAGGCCCAAAGGGUGAUCGUGGUUUCCCAGGAUCAGCUGGACUUAUGGGACCAACUGGUCCUCCUGGACAGAAGGGAGGAAUUGGCCUUCCUGGACGUCCAGGUCGACCCGGUAUACUUGGAGACAAAGGGGAAAAAGGUGAUUCUGUUGGACUUUUGGGUCCUCCAGGCCCUCCUGGUCCACCCGGACCUCCUGGACUUCCGGGCAGAGUUUUUGGAUUCAAUGGGACAGUGUUCCCGGUGCGCCCCAGACCGCACUGCAAAAAAGGACUAGACUCGGAAAUGGCGGGGGAUUCACUGAGACUGAAAGGAGAAAAAGGAGAUGAAGGUGCACCUGGUGAGCCGGGGACAUCUGCCCCCAGAUUACCUGAUGGAAUGAUGGGAGAUAAAGGGGAUCAGGGGUACAAAGGUGAGAAGGGUGACCCAGGUCCUCCUGGUCCCCCAGGACAACCAGGAAGGUCUGGACUUGUGGGUCCAAAGGGUGAGUCUGUCGUUGGACCUCCAGGGCCAGCAGGUUCCCCUGGUUUGCCUGGAGCUCCUGGGAUUGGACGACCUGGACCACGGGGUUCUCCUGGCCCUGCAGGGCCUCCAGGUCCAGUCGCCGCCUAUAAAUCAACUGCAAUCAGUGUCCCGGGCCCUCCCGGUCCCCCCGGUCCACCAGGAACUCCGGGUCAUGCCAGCCCGGUGGCCAUCUAUGAGACAGUCAUUGCUCUCACCAGAGAGACACACAGCACUGCAGAGGGAACUUUGGCGUAUGUGUCUGAGAAGAAUGGCGAGCUGUACAUCAGAGCGCGCAACGGUUGGCGCAAAAUCCCGCUGGGAGAGCUGAUCCACUAUGGACCAUCAUCAGCAUCAGCAGCAGCAGCAUCAGAGUCGUCUCAGGCUCUCAGCAGAUCUGGAGAUUGGAGUGGAGCUAUCAGUGUCCAUAGCCAGGAGCUGCAGGAUGGCACCAGAGGGUAUCAGCCAAGCUACAAUGUCUUUCCACAGACCAUCAACUCUGUUCCUGGGCUUCAUCUGGUAGCCCUGAAUGCUCCCCUAAAAGGAGACAUGCGCGGCAUUCGUGGGGCCGACCUCCAGUGCUAUCAGCAGGCACGCUCCAUGGGGCACACCUCCACCUACAGGGCCUUCCUGUCCUCUCACCUCCAGGAUCUGGCAACCAUUGUGAGGAAGGCAGACCGCCACAAUCUGCCCGUGGUCAACCUGAAGGGCGAAGUGUUGUUCAGUAGCUGGAUGUCGAUCUUCUCCGGCAAUGGAGGCGUCUUUGAGCCAUCUGCAUCCAUCUACUCUUUCAAUGGACGUGACGUGAUGACGGACUCAGCGUGGCCAGAGAAGAUGGUGUGGCACGGCUCCAACGCCGUAGGCACUCGUCUGACCACCAACUACUGUGAGGCGUGGAGGACGGCCGACAUGGCGGUGACGGGCCAGGCUGCUCUGCUGCAGACGGGACGACUGCUGGGGCAGCACGCCCGCUCCUGCUCCAACCACUACAUCGUGCUGUGCAUCGAGAACACAUACGUGGAGAACACACAUCGAAGGAGGACCUGAUGACACAAAAGAUGAAACCCACAUGCCGGCAUGUUGAAAGUGGAGCAGAGAACAGGCACAUAAAUAGAUGGAAACACUCACCUUAAAAUGUUGGAGAAAAUACAAAAAAACAGUGCACACAAUUUCUUUUUUCCCCCUUUUGUUGUGUUUAGUUGCUUUUGAACCCAGCUGGUAUGCAUCAACUCAUACAGCAACCCCCUGUCCAUGCAUGCAUGCAUCCUGCAGCAGCUGUGGGGUUAAUGCCAGCAGAGCUCGUUAAUUUUUUAUUUGUUUGUACAGGCAGCGCGUUUGGUUUCUAAAAACACAGUCAAAGUUCAUUUGGAUUAUCCAAUAAUCAGGACGUCAAUAAAACACGAGAGCACAAACUAUUACAAGUACCAGUGUCAGGUUCUUAUUCAGAUGAAAAACAUCGAUUUCAUUUGAAUCUCAAUAAACAUCAGAUCCAGCCUGAUCACAGUCAUAUUUAGGGGUUACUGUUGCCUAAAUAUUAAGUGGAGAUUCACAUUUUCGAUGAAAAACUUUAUUAACACAUGUGUCAUAACAGUAGUUAUAGGUUUAAAAUCAAAGUGUACGUUCUUUAAUUUAUGUACCAGGAUCUAGAGUAAAACAUAGCGGAUCCACACUUGAAGUCAUAACAUUUUUCUUUGUACGUCCUUGUUUUUGUGAACUUUUUUUUUUUGUUGGUUUUCAAACACGUUUAGAGAAAAAGGAGGCGUUGCUCUCUCUCGACACACUUUGAUAGAACUGGUUUGCCUGUAAAGUUUGGUAGCUUUUAUGAUGUUUUUGUUUAAAAAAAAAAAGCUUGACUUUUAAGAGAAAAAGAAGUUCUGUACUGACUCAGUGGUGCUCACUAAAUAAAGAGUCUCAUUUUGUGUGUGUUUUUUAAGCGAUGCCUCCUGUGUUUUCUACAUUGUGGCAACGUUCACCACACUUGAGUGUUGGUGAAUGUGAGUCUCUGCCGUGCAGCACAAAUAAAGGAAACUCCCAUAAAAGCCAUUCAACAGAAAUGUUCGAGGGGUGGGGGGUAAGGAGGAUUAAGAUGCAUAGACGGAAUUAGAACACCUCAGAUAUUUGGUAUUUUUAAUUAAUGAUUGAACAGGUCAGAACUACAGAGCAGUUUCAGUUGGUGUAAUGGGAAAUGGUGACUUGCCAGAAGUUAAAAAAACAAGAUAAACUCUCCAGAAACCAAGUAAAAAUUGACUGUAAUCCAUAGAAAAGAAAUACAUAAAUGUCAAAUAUGAAUUUUCUCAAGUCUAAGAAUGUAAUCUCUAUCUUUUUUUAUAAUGUCCACAGUAUUCUACAAAGAAAUAAACUAAAAAAAAAAAACAUUUCCAUAUUGUAUCUUUACCGUGAACAAUAACUUUACUCUUUUGUAUCAAAAUGCAAUUCUAAGAUGUGUUUGGUACUGUAAUUAAUUCAUGGGCUGUCUUUGUUAUAAUUGAAAACAAGACAAUAAAAACAAUUAUUUGAAAUUUU